ACCAGCGCCGCAAUAUGUAAGUCGAGGCCCAGUUUGGCAAUUUUCCACAGCCGUGCCGCCGCCGCAUCCGCCGUCGCGACGAGCUGCGACCUCUCUCCUUCACUCGCCGAGUCUGCUGCGGCCUGCCGGCCUAGCUUGACGGCUUGAGCGAUCCUCCGAGACCCCGGCCCCAUGCCGCCGUCUGCCGAGUUCCACACCGACGCGGGGUCGGAGUCGGAGUCGGAGUUUGAGGACGAUGGCAUUGAGACGGACGACGACGGCGGAGCGGGGUCGGACUCGGAGGAGUUUGAGGACGACGAUGACGUUGAGACGGACGACGACGAAGGAGCGGGGUCGGAGUCGUCGGAGGAUGGCGACGAGAUGGACGACGACGAAGGAGCCGGGGAGGGGCAUGGCCGCGCCGGGGCUAGGGUUCCGGCUGCGGCGGGAGGGGAUGGAGGCGUUGGGGAAGGGAGGCCACCGCCUGCCUGCUGCGUGUGCAUGGAGCCCUGGACCUGCUCCGGCGCGCACCGCAUCUGUUGCAUUCCCUGCGGGCAUGUGUAUGGCAGGUCAUGCCUGGAGAGGUGGCUUCAACGCUGUGGUAAUAGGAGCGCAAAGUGCCCCCAGUGUGGUGAACGAUUUAAGCUCAAGCAUAUUACUAACCUCUAUGCACCAGGAAAUCUAUGGGAUGGUUGCUGCCAUAUCCAGGAGUUCAAAGCACAGUUAGCAGAGAAACGUCACAAGUUGAUGGAGGAACUUAAGCCUGUAUUGAAUGACUUGCUCCACAAGCACACAUCAGCGCUUCUGUCUGACCUGCAGAAACUGUAUCAAAAGCAGCUGGACCAUGCUGUAGGGGCGAUGGUUAAAACAUUUGUGUCAACGAAGGAGCAGAUGAAGAAGAUGGCGGAACAGAAUGCGACGCCCAUGGAUCUGAUAGAGUUCAUGGAGCAGUCCUACACUCAACUGCCGAUUCCAAGUAGACCGCCAGAAGAUGGGGCCAGUGAAGGUACAAGUGAAUGAGACUGUUUAAUUUGCCACUGUGAUGAACGCCUAUAGAUGUAUGGAUGUGACGAGCUGUUUGUAGGCUUGGUCUUCACU